CUGUGUCACGUGACGACUUCUCAUCCGUCAGCGGCCAAUCCAGAGGCUCCGUCUGAGGAACCACACACUGAAGGGUUCUCCGUGCUGCUGGGGGUCUAACAAAACACACACAUGGAGGUGCCUGUGAAGGUUUGGGCUCUGUUGGUCCUGUUGAAUGUGUGUUUAGAGACUGUUCCUGGCUACAGCAAUGGGAAAGUACAACAAGCUUGUGAUGACAUGACACCUAUGCACGGUCAUCAGUCCAGCCCUGACCCUCCACCGUACAACAUCACUGUGGAUAAGUCCAAAUUCAGCCCCCUGGAGCAAAUUAAAGUAACAUUAUCAGCAGUUCCUUCAGAGAACAAAGCACACUUCAAAGGCUUCCUCAUAGAAGCACGAAAUGCAAGAAAUCCCAAUGCUGGACCUGUUGGAUCUUUUACUCUCCUUGAUCCCGAAAUCUCACAGCUUCUCCAGUGUGGCGACAGAGAGGGAGCUGCAGUGAGUCACACUAGUGAAGCCUCUAAGACAAAAGUUCAGGUUAUCUGGACUGCACCCCAGGAUGCUCCAUCUAGUGUCCAGUUUCAGGUGACUGUGGUUCAGAAAUACAAGCUUUACUGGGUCAGAAUUCAAGGGCCUAUAGUGUCUCUGAAUGGUGCACCUCCUCUUCCACCAUUACCUACUGCUGGACAGUCAGCAGCUAAGACGACCAUGGCUGCAGGAACUCUGUCUGACCCUUUCACCUCCAAUGACUGUGGAAUUAAGAAGUCUUGCCUAAGGGAGCCAGCAGGCUGUGACCCACAGAUAGAUGCCCUCUGUUACUUCCUGUCAUUCAGAACAGAGGACGCAAGUGUGGUGUUUGAGCUCAGCGGGCCAGCGCCGGGUUACAUCUCUUUUGCUUUAUCCACAGAUAAAUGGAUGGGAGAAGAUGAUGUGUACCUGUGCAUUAAAGAAGAUGACCAUGUUGACAUCAGCGCAGCUUAUGUUCAGGGGAGGACACAUCCAGUGGUUGCUUCAGAGAAUGUUUUGAGAGACACAGCUUGGAGGCUGGCAGAUGGGGUCAUCCAGUGCAGAUUCCGCAGAAAUAUACGCAUCCCAGACUCAUAUCAAAACAGAUCAGACCUGGAUGAAGCACACUACUUGUUCAUGGCUCAUGGUCGAGCAGAGGGCGGGAGGACUCACAGACAUGACCGACAGCCUCUUAUUUCAACAAAUCCAGUUCUUAUUACUGGACUUCCAGAGGAUCUGACUGGCUCGCGCUCUCCCUUGCUCAUCAAAUUCCAUGCUGUUUUCAUGCUCAUUGCUUGGAUGACGACCGUCAGCACUGGAGUCAUUAUUGCCAGAUAUUUUAAACCUGACUGGGCUGAAACAACUUUGUGUGGACAGAGAGUCUGGUUCCAGUUUCAUCGAGCUCUAAUGCUUGUCACAGUCCUUCUGACAUGCAUUGGCUUCAUUUUGCCUUUCAUGUACAGGGGAGGCUGGAGCAAGCGUGCGGGUUCACACCCUUACCUGGGCUGCACUGUCAUGGCUCUGGCUCUUAUCCAGCCUGUCAUGGCUCUGUUUAGACCUGCUCCAGACUCAUCCAGGAGAUACAUUUUCAACUGGCUCCAUUUGGGCACAGGCACGAUAGCUCAGGUCAUUGCAGUUGUGGCCAUCUGCUUGGGGAUCCAUCAGCAGGCCCUGCUGCUCCCUGCCCCUUGGUCCACAGGAGUCCUGGCUGGCUAUGUGGUCUGGUUUGUGUUGGCAGACUUGGUUCUAGAGUUGCACAGGAGGGGCCUUUUCCCCAUCGGUCAGUUUUUAAAAAAUUUUGAAAUCCACACAGAAAAUAUACAAACUGAAGACAAAGAGGAGAUUCUUUUUGUUCCGUCCGAGAAUGAGAGCUACAUUAAGGGGCAUUGUUUUAAAAAGAUUGUUUUGGCAGUUUAUCUGUGUGGAAACCUUGGAUUUCUAAUUAUUCUGCUGGCCACAAUCGGUGCGGUAUGACUUACAUAGAUAAUGAACCAUGUGCCUGGCUCGUGUCUGCUGUUUCAUUAGAAGCACCUGUCCAAGCAGAAGCUGACAAGACCUUAUUUAAGGUUUGCACUUACUCUGAGUCACUUCAUGGGCAAAUUGUUUAGCAAAAUAAAUAAUUCAAACAGAAUGUUCCAAGGAGGGCACUUUCCCAAAAGUUUGACACAUGCAAAAACUACUAGAGCACAGAUUGUCACAUUUUAAAGUUCCGUUUUAAAAUACUUGAAUUAGGAUUUAUAAUCAGAAUUAGAAUGUUUUUGCUUGAUUAAUUACUUCAUCACCAAAAAGCCUUUUCAACUGACAGAGUUAUGUAUCUGUAUGCACAAUUUUAAAAACUGGUAAUGGUGCUCUAUGCAUUUAUAGAUGAUACUCUCUUUUAAUCCUGUAGCACACAAAGUAAAGCACAGCAAUUUCCUGCUUAUUGUGAUUUUUUACACCUCAAAUUUCUAUGGUGUCUAACUACAAAAUCAACUUUUAUGUGUAAUAUAUGUAUUUCUUUUUGUAAUUUUGUGGAAGGGAGGAACUUUGUUCCGUCCAACUAGAAUGUAAGACGAAAUGAACGGUCCCACUUUUUAUUAAGUGUCGCUAAUAACCGUGUAGUUACACAUGAGUAACAUAUGCAACAAGUGUACCUACUGAAGAUUUAGUCAGUGUUACAAAUGGAUUACAGAAGUAUAGCCUAUGUAAUUACACAUGUGUAUCAACUUCAGUUUUACCUCAUGUAAUUACACAAGUGUUUUUUUUUUGAAACACUACAGAUCAGAAGUCUUUUCCAGCAGAAAAAGGAAGUAUGUUUUGCAUAACAUUACAUUUACGUUUUACAUUAUUACUGUGGAAUAACUUGUAACAAGGUAACCUAAUCACAUCACAUUGAUCAAUACCAUUCUGUAAUUGCAUUGUACCUAUAUAAUAACUACACAGGAUAGUUAUAUAGGUACUGUGGAAUAAUGGAGUGGUAGUAUUUAAUUAAUGACAAAAAAUGUUGCAUUUUAAGAUAAGGAGACAUCUGCUGUUGUAAAUAAUGUCUUAAUUUAAGUUAUUACAUAAGUUCUUUUACUGCUGGAAAAUACUUCUGAAAACAACUGCUGUUCCAGUCUGAUUACAGAGGUAAUUACAUUUAUGUUACUACCCUCAUAUAAUUACAUGAGAGAGAAUUGGCUGUUACAACUAUUAAGAUACACAUGUGUAAUUACAUGAGGCAAAACUGAAAUUGAUACACCGGUGUAAUUACAUAAGCUGUACUACUGUAAUCCAUCUGUAACAGUGACUAAAUCAUUAUUCGUUAAAUUGUUGUUCCGUAUGUUGUUCACAGGUAACUACAUAGUUAUUAGAGACACUUAAUUUAAAGUAGGACCAUGAACCGUCAUAUUCUCUUGCCAUUUUUUAUCAAAUUAAACUCUAAUGUGUAUAGGAAAGAAUCAAAGAAAUGUAUAUGAUUGUUAGUCAUUUGUAAAUUAAAGUGAACAUGUUUACCACUCA